GUGGAAUACGACGAAGGAAAUAUUACAUGUUCAUGCACGAAAGUCUUACUAGUUGUCUUCAGCUACCCCAUAUUCAUCCAAAUGGGCAAAUCACUAUAUGUGUACGUCCAUAAUGUGAUCCAACUGACCAAUAAGUUGAAACAGCAGUGGGCGAUGCUAUUCGAAGCUUUACCUAUAUAAGUAGAGUAGGGAGGAGAUGAAAAGGGACAACCUAUUCAUCGAACGUUUCUCUAUCCUACCCCGCCUUCUGGACCGUCACAACAGUCACUGUGGAACUCAUGAUGGAGCCAGGAUAUGAGAAAGUCGCGUUUUGGGAGCUUGACCUUGAGGCUGAGGGACGGCCGGCACCUGCGCCUCAUUCCGUUCAGCCAUGCAUUCACACUUCAGGAGUUGUCGACAUUGGCAUCUUCCAGGAGCCAAAGGAUAUUCGGGUGCCGGCACAGGAGGUGGACCGUGGGCCAGGUGGAAAGUAUUAUUCAAUACUAAAGCUUUUUUUCCGCUUUGGGGCUUCGGAAGCCUGGACGACGGCCACGGGAUGGCUACUCAAGGACGACCUGGUAGUCACCGCCGCUCAUUGCCUGUAUCAUGACGGCCAACGGGCAACUUGCAUCAGAGCAUGUAUCGGUUACAACGCAAGCUCAGAGGACGCUGCUGGUGACCAACGGCUCGUCACUCGAGUUGCGCUGCCUCUGGAGUGGAUCAGGGACAAGACCGAGGCGCGGGAUAUCGCCUUUCUCCAGCUGAACGGCCCGUUCCAGAAUGCGACGCCCAUCGCGUAUGGCACGCCUGAAGUCAAUGCGCUGCAGGAGUUCGCGGUGAUUGGCUAUCCUGCAGACAUGGGUGAAGAGACCGUGCCCGGUAGCAAAAUGUACGAGAUGAAGAUACAGCGGAAUGUCGACCUCGAGCGUACAGGGUGGAACAUGCUGGUGUACCAAGGCGAUCUCUACGGAGGCUUCUCCGGAGCUCCUGUCAUACGUGACAGCGACGCUGCCGCCAUAGGGGUACACGUUCGAGGCGGGUCUUUCAACUCUGCAGUCGUCAUUGGCGGGCCUUACGGAGUCAGAAUCCAAGCCUACGAAGAAGUACUGAAGAUGCUGGGGAAAGGUGGUGAUGGCGCGGAGUUAGGUUUCGAGACGAAGACAGAUGUUGACGAAACCUGGCUGAGGUACGUGAACGUACCGCAGUUACUCCACGGCAGCGACGGCGUGAAAGGAUGAGGGCGUAUUGCCCUUUGCUAUGAAGGCAUACAAAUGGCAUGGUAUCAUUGCUACAUUGUCGUGGCCUAGUUGAAUGGAGGAACUGUACCUAGUUGAAAAGGGGCAGUAGGUGGCUUGCAUUUCGCUGCAGGCCGGCUAUAGAUUGUUGACAUGUCUACUUGGCGUAUCCAUCACUCAAUGCACUUCAACUUUCCUUGGC